GAAUGUUUAAAUUCAAAUUUCUCACACGACAAUUUUGCCAUCUGGCGAUAAAAAUCAGAACUUUACAUAGAAACACGUGAGAAGUAGAAGCGUGUUGUUUUGGUAAUUUAUAUGAUUUUAAAUGUAAACAAAUAAUGACAUGGGACGUAAAAAAUCGAAUACAAACCAAAAAAGAGAAUGGAAAAAGGUACUUUACGAGAAACAAGGAGUUGCUGAUCAUUAUGUAGAUGAUUCAUUUCUUUCUGAAUUGAAGAAGAAUGUGAAUCUCAGGUGUUAUACAUUGACUGAAGCACUUGUAGCCAUGACAAUAGUAACACAAGAAAUAAGUUGCACUUUUAUUUUCGUAAUGAUCUUUGUUUAUUUGGACUAUGGGAUAAUUACUCCUAUAACAACUCUCUUUGGAGUUGGCAUCACCACAUUCUUGUCAUACAUCUUGUAUAUCAUUAUUGAAUGGAAAAUAAGUUUUAAAUUCAAGACUAUUAGUAAGAUUUUCUCUGAAUGUAAAAGCUUUAUGAUUUUUCUCAUUUUUGGCUAUGGUUUAUCACCAAUUUUAAAAACACUCACAGAAACAAUAAGCACUGAUACCAUUUAUGCUAUGGUUACGUGCACGAUGAUUACCCAUAUCGUCUUCCAAGAUUAUGGAGCAGAUGCAGCAAUUGUUUCUAGUACUCUAUCCCUAAAUGCAGCAAUAUUUGGGGCUGUCUGUUUAGCGUCGAGACUUCCCAGCACGACUCACGCGUUUACGCUUUUAACAUCGGCUGCCGGAAUAUUUGUUCUAGCUCCUUUCAUGAGGAAAACAAUACAGAAAGUUUCAUUGAAGCUACAGACAAUAGUGUCUAUAAUAUUGACAAUUAUUGCAUUGAUUGCAAUAGGAAGUAUUUCUUAUAUUUGUGCCAUUCUCUUCAUAUUAUUAAUAUUUUUUAUUAAUUUUAUUUGUCCAGCUGGAUUUAUUUAUUGCCAGAAAUAUAAAGAAAAUAUUUAUGGCCCUUGGGAUGAAGCUGUUAUUAAAGAUAGCUGAUUUUAUGAACAUUGCAAAUAAUUUUACAUCAAAAUUUGAUUAUUUAAUAUUUAUUAAAGUGUUUUAAUGUAAAUAUGUUGAAAGAAAAAAUUGCAAC